AUAGUGCCCAUCAGUGCAGCCCAGCAGUGCUGCCAGUCAGUGCCACCAGUCAGUGCCCAGCAGUUGCGCCAGUCAAUGCCUAACAGUGCCACCAGUCAAUACCUAGCAUCAGUGUCACCUAUCAGUGCUGUCUAUCAGUACCCAUCAUCUGUGCCACCUAUCAGUGCCGCCUAUCCGUGCCACCUCACUAGUGCUGCCUAUCAGUGCCGCCUAUCAAUGCCCUUCAGUGCUGCCUAUCAGUGCCCAUCAGUGCUGCCUAUCAGUGCUGCCUAUCAGUGCCCAUCAGUGCUGCCUCAUCAAUGCACAUCAGUGAAGGAGAAAAAUUACCUGUUUGCAAAAAUUUUAUAAUAGAAACAAAGAAACUUUUUUUUUCAAUUUUUUUGCAGUUUUUUUGUUUAUAG